AUGAUCGGACUCGGCUCCGUCACAUUCGACGAACACAAUCCAAAUACCGAAAAGGGCCGCGAAAAUGAUGCCCGCGCAUCCAAGUCCGGCCUUGACUACUCGCCGCUGCCGCGUCUGACCGGCAAGUCGCUGGCCAUGGGAUGUCUCGUCUCCAUGGGUGGUAUGAUCUUUGGUUAUGACACGGGUCAGAUUUCUGGGUUUCUCGAAAUGCCAGACUUUCUAGAGCGAUUCGGUCAGCUCGAUUCGAAUGGAAACUACCACUUUAGCAGAGUGCGCUCCGGUCUCAUCGUCUCUCUCCUGUCCAUUGGCACCCUCAUUGGUGCGCUCAUCGCCGCACCCAUUGCCGACAAAUUCGGCCGCCGCCUCUCAAUUUCCUUUUGGUCCCUCAUGACCGCGGUUGGCUUCGUCAUCCAAAUCGCCUCCGUCACAGCAUGGACCCAGGUCAUGAUGGGCCGUUUCGUCGCCGGCCUGGGCGUUGGCGCACUGAGUCUUCUCGUCCCCAUGUAUCAGGCCGAGACCGCGCCCGCCUGGAUCCGUGGUGCCAUGGUCUGCGCAUACCAGCUUUUCAUCACCAUGGGUAUUUUCCUCGCUGCUUGUUUCAAUUUCGGCACAUACCACCACCAGAUGAACAACUCGGGCAGCUGGCGCAUCGUCAUCGGCUUGGGGUGGAUUUGGACCCUCAUUCUUGGCAUCGGCAUUCUCUUCUUCCCAGAGACGCCCCGAUUCAAUUAUCGCCGUGGAAAGACAGAAGAGGCCGUCAAAACUCUUUGUGAUGUUCAUGGGGCUCCCAGAAAUCAUUAUAUAAUCCACAUUCAAGUCGCCGAGAUCGAGAGCAAACUCCACGCAGAGUCAAAAAUCAAGAUGGGCCACAUGGCCGAAUUCCUUUCCAUGCUGAAAGCACCGCGCAUGCUUUAUCGUUUAUUCUUGGGCAUUGGGCUUCAAUCUCUACAGCAGCUCUCCGGCGCGAAUUUUUUUUUCUAUUACGGCGUAAGCAUCUUUAAAUCCGUGAAUAUUGACUCUUAUAUCACGCAAAUCAUCCUCAACACGAUCAACUUCGUCGCGACCUUCCUCGGCUUAUAUAUUGUGGAGCACUUCGGUCGCAGAAAGUCUCUCAUUGCUGGUUCCAUCUGGAUGUUCGUCUGCUUCCUCAUCUUUGCGUCCGUCGGCCAUUUCGUGUUGGAUUACAAUAACCCGGAGCGCACUCCCACGCCGGGUAUCGUCCUCAUCGUCUUUGCUGCUCUCUUCAUCGUUGGCUUUGCCACCACAUGGGGUCCAAUGAUCUGGACCAUCCAGGCCGAAAUCUUUCCCUCACGGUACCGAGCAAAGGGAAUGGCCAUCUCCACGGCGGCCAACUGGAUCUGGAACUUCUGCAUCGGUUUUUUUACCCCCUUUAUCACUGGAGCCAUUGACUAUCGAUAUGGUUACGUCUUUGCCGCUUGCAAUUUUGUUGCUGCCUUUGUUGUGUACUUUCUCGUCAUCGAAGGCCAGGGACGCACAAUCGAAGAGAUUGAUACCAUGUAUCUUGAGCGCGUCACUCCCUGGAAGAGCACUGAAUGGGUCCGGCCUGACGACGAGAAGAUGGAAGAGAUUCGUCGCAAAGCCGGUAUCGAUGUUGAGGCGCUUGCGGCUCAAAAGGAUGAACACUCAAAGAUUGCGGGAGAUCCCCAGGGUGGCGGCGUGCGGGUUGACGGCAGCAACAUGGAUCAUGUCGAGCGACAGACUUAG